AUGUUUUAAUUCAAAAAGAUAGCCAAAUUACCAUUAAUUCUAAUUUUAUGCGAAUGUGGAAGAGAGUUUCUAUAAGAAGAAAUGUAUUGUUGUCUAUCGUAAUUAUUAUUUGUUUAUCUUAGAUGUUAGAACAGUAUUUGUAGAUAUUGUACAUCAAAUGAAAUUUUUUGCUAUUAUUGUAGAAGUUGUGGAGAUGUCUAAAUUACAAGUGAAGCUUCCAACCUUACUAUAAGUUGUAGUUCUUGUUUUGAAUGUCCAAUUUGUAAAAAUGUAUUACGUAGGUAAGUAGAUACAGAAAAGAAUUAUGGAUUCAUAUGUUCAUAUUGCUUUUAUACAACAAGGACUAUUGGAGUUACAGAUCCAAAUUUUUAAUAAGUUUAUGCUAAAAUUAAUAAUGCUUAUAAAAAUGAAUAUGAAGCUGAAUAUAAGGAUUUUUAGGAAUAAUAUAAUCGAAUAAAAAGUAUUGAGAAUAAUAAUUUAAUCAUUAAAAAAUAAUAAAAAAAUAAACAUGUUUUAAAAUCAUUAACUUAAUCAUGUCCUAAAAGUGAUGCCUUAACUCAUUAUAGUAAUAGUGAAAUUGAAAAAAUUGCAAAAGAGAAAAACUUAAAAGUUAUUUUUUAAAGAUAUAAUUUAGAUUUGAAUAAUAAAUAAGUUUAAUUACAAGAUUUUAAUCCUAUAUAACAACCUCCAACAUAAUUACCAAUACCUUUAGGAUUAUUAAGUAGAAAAAAUAGGAAAUGCCGAAAGUGUUAAAAAUUAAUAUUUACACUUUAAUCGGAGAAAAACUCAAAAAAGUUUGCUUAUAGUGUUUAAAAUUUACAUUAUGAUUAUGCUCCUUAUUUUUAGGUUGGUAAAGUAUCCUAUGUAAAUAAGGAAAGAACAGAAUUAUCUGUUAUUAUAUAGAUGUUUAAUAAAACUAAAAAUGCCAUAGAAUAUUCAUUUACACAACUUGAUUCCUAAACUUUAGAAUAAUAUAAAUUAUUAACAGUAAAGAAUCUCCCAUCACCUACAUUUACAUUUAAUAAUGAUAAUAUAGAGAAUGAUGUUUAACAAUAUUAGAAAUUUGAAGCUAUUUUGAUUAUCAAAGAUGCUACAAAAAUACAAUUUGCAUUUUGUGUUUCUGCUAAAAUUAAAAUGCCUAUGGAUUAAUAAUAAUUGAAUUAUAAUGUUAAUGUAUAUAUUGGGACAUUAUGA